AUGCAGUCCUCAGGUAAAAUGGCGUCUCCUGACUACAUCUCGUAUGGAUUUUCCGUAAUCGUUGCCCUUGGUGGCGUCGUAGGAUACGUGAAAGCCGGUAAGUGAUAGCUACGUCAUGUUUUGAUCUGACAAGGGUAAGGGAUUUCAAUAUUCACGGCCCAUAAAGCUUCUCAAAGCAUGUAGCUAUACAGCUGUUAUGUCAGCAAUGACUCAGCUCACAUUUUUAAGUGGUUCGGGAAUUAUUUUAGGUUUGGUGUAGCUGUAUGAAAGAGGAAUUUCUUGCAAAACUGGACAUAGAUGGAGAUGGAAAAGAACUUUUUCAAGAAAAUGACUUUUUCCUUAAAUUCUGUAACUAUGGGUUUAAAGAAAAGCAUUUCGAUUUAUCUGCAACUUAAAAAAAUCAAUGGACCGUGUCGUACUGGAAGAUUAAAAGUUAAGUUAGUGUGUCGCUUCAUGUCCGAACGCCAACCUUGGAUUAAAUGGUCUAAGUUUUAUUUUAUUCGCCUUCUGGACCUCUAACUGUUUUAAAAAAUAAACUUGGAUGAUAUGAUUUUAUUACGUUACAUCCCGUGCUUGAAGAACCCAAUAUUUGUUCUCUCAGACACCUCAUCGUCCCCUUCCCCCCCCCCGACUCCACCCCAUACACCUUUUGGGGGUGGAGUGUGUUUCACAUUUAUUAAAAAAAGUUUCAGCCAACAAUGGAGUGAGUCAGCAGUAAAGUGAAUUCAACAUGGUGUCAUACAAUAAAAUUAAAUACUCUUAAAUUUCUCACUUGCACACUAAAUCAAAGGUGAGAACAUAAUUCCUUUGUCAGAGUGAUUGGAGGAAUUGUGGGUUGUGUGUGUUUGUGUUUAUAAGCAGAAAAUGGAGCUACAUUAUUAGUGGGAAUAUAAUGACUAGAAAACAAGAAUAAAUUAGAUAAAUGAAAAGCGCCUGUUGAUACCACGGGGAUUAAGAAGGCCAAUUUGAAAGAAAUUUUUGUUCUAGAGUUUUGAGGCUUUCUAAAUGCUGGAAAUGUUAUCUUUGAAACUCUUUACAGUGGUCAAUUUAUGCCAUCAACUCAGUUGAUAAUACUAAAUUACCCUAUUAUACUCUCCCACUGACUCAGCACCACAGUUUCUUUAGAAACUUACCCUUUUCCUCAUGAAGGAGCCUGGUUGUAGGCUACCCACACCCAAAGGUUGUCUACCAACUUGACUGACUUAUUGAUGGAAUUUAUUAAAACUGCAUUAUUGCCUCAUAGGGAGCGUACCAUCUUUAGCUGCUGGGCUGGCAUUUGGUGGCAUUUCUGCACUUGGUGCUUACCAGACCUCCUCAAAUCCAAGAAAUGUUUGGGUCAUGCUCGGUAAGAACAUAUUAACUCUUUGCAACAAUAGGCCAUUUCUGAGUUACCUUUGGUCUCAUUUCCAAAGUAAGUCCUGCUGCUCAUCCUUUCAUUCACAUGCAAAUUAAACUCAAUUUCAUAUGAAUGGUUGACCACCAGGCUUUGAAAAAGAGGCUUAAAGGUAAUUUGGAAAUGGCGUAUUGAUAAUUUACCCCAUAGAUGACAACGCUGCACUAUAUAAAAUUGAUUAUACAAUUCUUCCUCUGUAUCAUAAAUCUUCAUUUACCUAUCAUUUCAGUGACAUCAUUGGUCCUGUCUGGAGUGAUGGGAUCAAGAUUUGCAAGAUCAGGAAAGUUCAUGCCAGCUGGGUUGGUGGCAACUUUGAGGUACCUUAAGUUGUUUGCAAAAACAAAAUUGUUUUUCUUGUUAGCCUCCAACUUUAAAAGAAAACUUUAGUACAAUGGUGAAUUGAUUUCUUUAUAUUUCAGUGUUGCUCAAGCUGUGCGCAUGUCUUACCGUCUGAUGCAGAACUGAUAACAAGAUUCUAAACAGCUUUGUUUCCAACUCAGUGUCAUGCAUUAUCUACCCUGUAAUGUAGCUAGGUUUUGUUAGUGAUAUUCCAUAUUCAUCUAGACUGAAUAUUGAAAUGUAAAAUCAAGG